AUGUUAUUCUUUAUAAUUUUAAUCGAGAUUUCUAGAGAAACAAUUAGCUAUGAUUCAUAAGUUUUUAAUAAAUUUACAUGGACAGAAUCAGGAUUUAAUUGUUAAAAUGGAUUUACUAAAACAACUACAAUACCAUUUACAAAUACAUUUGAAAAUAUACCUAAGAUAAUAUUUUUUUCUACAACUUUUGAUUAUUUUUUUUCAACUAAAAAUGAAGUAAACAUUGAAAUAUUGAGUGUCACAUUAAUAGGUAAUAAAUAAUAAAAAAAUAUUUAGAUUUUUCAUUAAAAAUAACAUGCCCUAAUAAUAAGGCUAGCUCUUAUAAAAUUUAAUGGUAUGCUAUAGAUGAUAAUCGUUUAGAAGUAAUUACAGAUUUAAAUUAAUCACCUUUUACUUCAAAAUAAUAUUAAAUUUAAAAUCCAAAUAUCAAAAAAGGAAUAAUAUCAAUACUUAGUUUUUCUUAUACUGGAACAUUUAAUAUUGAUCUCUCUGUAAUUUUUAAUUAUAUAAUAGAUAACAGAAUUAACAUAUGAACAUGUUAUAAUUGGUAUGAGCAGUGCAUAUUAAAAUCUAGUAUCUGUUAGCUAUUAAAUAAUAUUAGGAACAACUGAAAUUCUAACAUUUUUAGAUUAAGUAUCAUCUACAAGUGCUUAUACUAGUUAAUUAUACAAUUAAUUAUCUAACAGUUAUUUUAUAAUUGCUCAAAUGAAAAUUACAACUUCUCUUUUGAAUAUUAGAUAUUCAAUCGCUUUAAAUCCUACUGCCAAUCAAAUCAGUUAUACUACUGCAACAUGUAAUAACUUAUUUAUUAAUAUUAGGGAAUACUAAUGCUUAUCCAACAAAUAAAAUAUAACCAUAUUUUCUAAAAUAUGUUUAAGAAUAGUUCUUUACCGCAAUGGAAUGUUUCACUGCUAGAAUAAGUAAAUUAUAUGAUAAAACAUCAAAUACAAAACCACCAUUUUAUAUCUAAAUUUUAGAACUUAAUAAAGUUUCUAAUUCACCUGGAUCAGAAUUUAUUAUUAUUGAUGAAUCCAAACUAUUGUUAAAUAUUAAUAUUUAUUACAAAUGUCCAUCCAAUUAUAAAAAGGUUCAUAGUUAAUUAAACAAAUGUAAUAAUUGUAGUGGUAGUAAUAAAAUUUAUAACUUAAAUCAUUAUUGUCAUGGAUCAAUCAAUUCAAUCUAUAUUUAUGCACAAUAUUCUGCAUAAUCAAAUUAUAAAGAAAUUUUAAUUACAAUAACUAAUAAUAGUAUAAUUAUUCUUUAAAAAUUAAGAAAUAAGAUUAUCACUCAAUAGAAUAUAUUACAAGUUGAAUUUUUGGACAUUUGA